CCCUGGUCUAAAAAAAACAAAAAACGGCCGUAGAGUGUAAAAGCCCCAAAAGUAAAUGCGUAGGGUAGGCCUAAUCACGAAGCUGGUUACCAGGCGUUACUUUUUAUGAACAAAGUACGUUUGCUAAAAUGUCCUAGCUUUUGACAUGAUUCUGUGAAACACUGCUCGAACUGCAAACGCGCAGUUCAAAGCAAGCCAGGGCUUGGCUGUUAUUUCUUGACAUGCCACAGAAGACAGCGCAGCCAAAAGAGGAUGAUGAGGUUUAAGUGCAUAAUGGGAGCGCUCUCUUUCCGUCUUGGAGUACAAAUACAGAGAAAGGACAUUUCAUGCAGUACAAGGGCGUGGUGUCAGAUCCAAAGACAUAAAACAGGUUUUCCAAACAACUUCAAAGAAUAUGAACACCUCAGGCAGCUCUACACCCCAGAAGUACCUGACUAUUUUAAUUUUGCCAAGGACGUGUUGGAUAAGUGGGCUGAGAAGGAGAAGCGUGGAGAAAAAACUCCAAACCCGGCCCUGUGGUGGGUAAAUGACCAAAGGAAUGAGAUCAAAUGGAGUUUUGAAGAACUUGCGUUCCAUUCAAGAAGAGUAGCCAAUGUUCUGUCAGGUCCCUGCAAACUCCAGAAGGGAGACAGAGUGCUUUUAAUCCUACCCAGAAUCCCAGAGUGGUGGUUGGUAAAUGUGGCAUGCCUGAGAACAGGUAUGGUACUGAUCCCUGGGACCACUCAACUUACAGCCAAGGAUAUCCUCUACAGGCUGCAUACCUCCAAAGCUAAGUGCAUCAUAACAGAUGAAUCUUUGGCACCUGUACUGGAUGCUGUGGCCGCUGAAUGUUCUUCUCUCAAAACAAAACUCCUGGUGUCAGACAGGAAGAGAGAAGGAUGGAUGAACUUUGGUGAGCUUUCAAGGACAGCAUCCAGUGGCCAUAUCUGUGCAGAAACUAAAAGUGAAGACCCAAUGGCAAUCUUCUUCACCAGUGGUACUACAGGUUUUCCAAAAAUGACUGAACACAGCCAAUGCAGCUUUGGGAUUGGGUUGACUGUCAACGGCAGGUACUGGCUGGAUUUGACAGAGCGAGAUGUGUUGUGGAACACCUCAGACACGGGCUGGGCCAAGACUGCCUGGAGCAGUGUCUUUGCUGCCUGGAUACAGGGAGCAUGUGUGUUUGUACAUCGGAUGCCACGGAUGGAGACCACCACAGUGCUUGAGACACUAUCCAUUUAUCCCAUUUCGACCUUCUGUUCAACCCCAACAGCAUAUAGAAUGCUAGUACAAGAAGACCUCUCUAGGUACAAGUUUCAAAACUUGCAGCACUGCUUGUCUGCAGGAGAGCCCAUUAACCCUGAAGUGAUGCAAAAAUGGGAAAGCAACACAGGACUUAAUAUCUAUGAAGGAUAUGGCCAGACUGAAACUGUUUUGAUUGCUGGUACAUUUAAAGGGAUGAAAAUCAAACCUGGGUCGGUCGGGAAGCCAUCUCCUGCAUAUGAUGUACAGGUUGUGGACGAUGCUGGUGAGGUCCUGCCUUCUGGAUCUGAGGGAAACCUGGCCAUCAGAGUGACACCUCACAGGCCCUUCUGCCUCUUCUCUGGAUACACUGAUGACCUGGAGCGAACGGCACAAUGCUACAAAGGGGAUUUCUAUCUGACAGGAGACCGGGGAAUAAUGGAUGAGGACGGCUACCUUUGGUUUGUGGGUCGUUCAGAUGAUGUCAUUCUGUCAUCUGGGUAUCGUAUUGGUCCUUUUGAAAUAGAAAAUGCACUGAUUGAGCAUGAAGCUGUGGCAGAAUCAGCUGUGGUUAGCAGUCCUGAUGCCAUCCGGGGAGAGAUUGUAAAGGCUUUUGUUGUACUGAAACCUGCAUUUAAGUCACACAGUCAAGAUCAACUCGCAACUGAACUCCAGAAUCAUGUUAAGAAAGUAACAGCUCCAUAUAAAUAUCCACGUAAGAUGGAGUUUGUCGAACAACUGCCAAAGACAUUGAGCGGCAAAAUAAAAAGAGCUGAACUACGGAAUAAAGAGUGGGGAAGACCGUGAAGUACAAAAGCCAGGUGUCUUAACUAAAAUUGUAAAACUGAUUGAUUCGAUCCUGGAUGCUGAUUGGCUGAGACCACGUUCUACAGCGAUUGUAAAACCAAUACAGUAACGGUUAUUCAAACAGCCUGUUUGUAAAUAGUAUCACAUCGCACACAAACAGUAGUUAUUUUGUAACAUUACCUAUACCUGUGUCAUCAGUGAAUUGUUUCUAUAUGUUCUAACCAUUUUAUAAAAGCUAUACGACACUUCAGGCCAUGCUGAAUCGUUAAUAGUCACAGCUUCAAUUCGCGUUGUGCCUAACAAUGCCCCUGUAACCAUGACUGUAUUCACGACACUGCACGGCCUCUCGUUUUGUAUCGCUUAUGCCGCUCAUCUUUGGCUCCUGAGUGGCAUAUCUGGUUUAAGGCAUUUGCAUGUACAGUACAGUAGAACACAAGUACAUUAGAAAUACAAACUUAAGAAGUAGACUGACCAAUCAAUCGAACAUGGGUUGCACCUGAAAGUAGUAUACACAAUAAUGCCUUUUCAAGAUCUAUUAUAGAUAUGGCAGACUGGGUAAGCUCAAGGGAUAAUUAAAGGAGUAACAUGGUGGUUUUCACACUCAGUUUUGUGUGCUAUUUGCACAAGAGGCAUUAAAGAAACACGAUGAGUAAAGUAUUAUAUGUCCGUUCUUUAUUUAUUUUUGGAGAAAUAUGCGUU